AUGAAGAACAGCGUGAUGAUCAUCUUCCCAAACAUCCUCAUCGUUGCUAUCUCCGCUUCCCUUUUCAUGUAUCUCGCAGACAGUAGAAACCCCGCAUCAAUCACUUGCAGCAAUGUCGAACUUAAUGCGAUGCCAUGCCUUCCAUACGCCGAAGGCGACAAGCCCACAAUUGACCCCAAGUGCUGCACUGGUCUCCAAAAUCUCGUAGCAACUGCAACCUCCAAAGAUGACAAGGUGACAACAUGUCAUUGCUUGGAAGAUGCUUUCCAGAAGUUUCAUGCUAUCCAGGACAAGUAUAUGAAAGCGAUUCCAAACCUAUGCAACGUUACAGUUCCUUUUCCUCUCUCAAAGGAUAUGAAAUAUGACAAGUAA